CUACUUUCCCACGCUGCCGCUUUCAGCCUUUCUCCCUGGCUGCUCCUUCCUCGUUGGGGUUCCUGAACCUGUCGUGCGAACGCAAGGUCAGGUUUCUGAUAUCCUGCUCGUUUCUGACCGAGUGAGCUCUUAGGCUAACCGCUUCAUUUUUCCGCGGAGUUUCGACGGUUGGAAUUGUGUAGGCUUUUCGACGAAUUAUCUCCCUCCUUUAGAUCUAACUGCUUUUCAAGCCUAACCAUCGUCGCAAAUCAGCAUGACCGAUUUCGACGAGUACGAGUAUUUGGAGAAGGCGGUAGAGCAGGGCGUCGGAGGGGAUGAGGACGGCGGAGAGGUAGCGCCAGACGGCGAGGAGAGACGGAAGCGGGAGGGGGAGAACGGCGCGGGGGAGGACCAGGAAGACGAGAAUCGGAGCAAACGAUCCCGUCGGGAUGACGACAAGGAGAGGGACCGUGACAGAGAUCGCAGCGGGAAGGACCGCGACAGAGACCGCGAGCGGGAGAAGGAUAAGGAUCGCAGCGGCCGGGACAAAGACCGCGACAAGGACCGCAGCGACCGGCACCGUGACAGGGAUCGCGACCGGAGCGACCGCGGGGAUCGCGAUCGCGAGCGGGAUCGGACUCGGGAGCGGGAAGGGCACGAUCGGCACAGAGACAGGGACCGUGAACGGAGGAGAGGAGACAGAGACCGCGAGAGCGAGAGGAGGCACAGAGAGCACGGGCGGGGGGACAGGCGAGAGAAGAAGGACAAGGAGGCGGAGCUAGAGCUCGAUCCCGAGCGAGAUCAGCGCACCGUGUUCGCCUAUCAGAUUAAUCUGAAGGCGGAUGAGAGGGACAUUUACGAGUUCUUCACUCAAGCUGGCAAGGUGCGCGACGUGCGUCUCAUCAUGGACCGUAACUCUCGCCGCUCCAAGGGUGUCGGGUACAUCGAGUUCUACGACGUGAUGUCGGUGCCCAUGGCGAUAGCCCUCUCGGGGCAGCUGCUGCUGGGGUCGCCCGUAAUGGUGAAGCCGUCGGAGGCGGAGAAAAACCUGGCGGCGCAGAACCCGCUGCCCGUCGUCGCGGGCAUGGCGGGGCUGCCGGGCGUGGCGGGGUCGGGCUUCCUCGUGCCGAGCCUGGCGGCGGCGUCGAAGAAGCUGCACGUGGGCAACCUGCACGUCAACAUGAACGAGGAGCAGCUGCGCCAGGUGUUCGAGCCGUUUGGGGAUCUGGAGCUGGUUCAGGUGCCCACAGAAGAGUCUGGCAAGUGCAAGGGCUUUGGCUUUGUCACAUAUGCCAAGGUGGAGGACGCACGUAUGGCGGCAAGCAACCUGCAGGGCCUGGAGCUGGCAGGGCUCGCGAUCAAGAUCACGCCAGUGCCCGACACCUAUGGCGUGGCGGACUCAGUGCAGGCAGUGCCAGGCCAACUUGACGAGGGCGAGGGCGGCAUGGCUCUGAGUGCGCAGUCUCGUGCUGCUCUUAUGAUGAAGCUCGAUCGCACAGGCGUGGCAGGUGCGCCUGUGCUGCCAUCGCCGGCUGGAGUGAACCCAGCAGCCAUGGGUCUUCUCAGUAGCAACCCCCUGGCCGCCAUGGCUCUCCGUCCUGGCCUCCUGCCCCCUGCUGGUGGCGGCCUCGCUUCCAUCCCCGGAGGAGCAGCAGCCGCAGCAGCUGCAGCGGCAGCUCUCGCUGCGAACCCGCUCAUUGCGGCUGCAGCUGCUGCUGGGGGGGGGACGCCUUUGCCUCCGCCUGCUGCCGCUGCGGCUGCGGCUAUGGCUGCAGCAGCUGCGGCCGGUGGCGGUGCGGCUGCUCCUGCGGCAGCGGAAGUGGUUGGGCCGCCAACAGAGUGCCUUCUGCUCACCAACAUGUUCGACCCGUCUCAGGAUAUCGACGAGGAGUUUGAGCAGGACAUACGGGAGGACGUGGAGGACGAGUGCACCAAGUUCGGGCCUGUCAAGAAGGUCUACGUCGACCGGCACAGCAGUGGGCAUGUGUACGUGCUGUUUGAGGCGGCGACAUCAGCCGCAGCGGCACGUGCAGCGCUGCACAACCGCUACUUCGCCGGCAAAGCCAUCAGUGCCACCUUCAUUACUCCUGCCCAAGUGUCAGCCAAGUUUGGUGGCACGUAGGGGGUGUGCUGCCAUGUGCAGGAGCAGGAGCAGGUGCAAGCGGAAGGGCAGGUGCAGAUGCAGGGCUGCUGGACAGAGUGUAGAUGCGGAUUGAGGGCCCGGGAGACUCGUCGGCUGGUCCUUGGGGUUUGCGUGGUGGAAACGCUCUGGCCUGGCAGGGAUGGGUUUGUAUCUGCUGCUGCCGCCGCCGCCGCUGCUGCUGCGCCGCUGUCUGGUGCUUCUGGCUUGUGGCCCAAUGCAGCAAUGCUCUCAUGCUUCUCAAGUGAUUGGUGGCAGAGAGUCGAGUCGCCGAGAGUCAGGGUGAAGUCGUUGGAGUACCCAAGUCAAGUGAAGACCCCCCCUCUGUGUUUCUUCUCUUGGGCUCGUACGGGCUGCUUGAGCAGUGCUCGUGCCGGUGCUGGUGCUGCUGGUGCCGCUCGUGCUGCUCGUGGUCGGGCUGCUGCUGCUUCUGCUGGUGGUGCUGCUGUCUGGCCCUCCCUGCUGUACCUCCGCUGCACUGCUUCGACUGCGGUCGCUUUCUGGCCGUUCUUCUCUGCAAUCCAAGUGCUGCUGCCGGCCAUGGCAUCGCAUGACCACCUUGCACUCAAACGGGUUCAGGGUGGCAUGCAUGCACCCUGCGUGCAUAAGAUUGCAUGCCUUUCCUUCUCCCUCUCUAGUUGCCCACUAAUUCCAUCACCUACCAACCUCCUACCCAUGGAGGAAUAUUGCUUUUCUCGUCCCACUCACCUUGUCCCUUCGCUCCUUCCCAUGGUUGCCCCAGGUCCUAGGCUCUUGAGAUGAUGAGAAUCAUGACAUGACCACGGGCUCUGCACCUGCCCAUUCCCUGCUUGUUGGAUCGAUUCGAUACUGUACCCUUUCAUACGUCUGGAAUCGCCCCUGCACAGCUUCCCGCACAUGCUUUUGAUAGGUGAUUUGAAAGAAAUAUGCAUGGUUUCCUUCAAGUUGUGGCCAUUUUUUUUGCAGGUGAGUUGCGUUUCCAUUUGUAACAGAACGGUUGCCGGGAAACUUUCUUGUAGCGACACUAUAUAAAGAAGUCCGUUAGCG